AUGGUUCCUCCGAUUUUCUCAAUCUUCUUGACUACUUCUGCGUUGUCGUUCCUGCCCCUACUGUCGUCGGCACAAAAUACUUCAGCGCAACAGAAAGGAGCGCAAUGUUGUAAACUCUUGACACAAGCAUUCCCUAGCAAGGUGGCUCAGAAUGGGACUACUGCUUACACCGUUGAUGAUACGGACUUCUGGUCAACUUCUGAAUGGCUCUCGCCUAGCUGCAUAUUCCAACCAACCGAGUCGCAAGAUGUUUCAGACGCAGUCAAGCUUUUUGUAGAGAAUGACUGCGAGUUUGCCAUCCGUGGUGGCGGCCACUCUGCCGUUCCUGGCGCAGCGAACAUUGAUGAUGGAAUUCUAAUUACGUUUGCAAACAUGAAAAACAUCAGCAUCCACACUGAUAGCCAGGACGUUCAGUACGUUUCUGUUCAACCUGGAGCAGUUUGGGGGGAUGUCUACACCUACUGCGACCAAUUCGCAGUCGUGCCAAUGUGCGGUCGCUAUUAUCCAGUUGGCACAGGGCUCGCCCUAGGGGCAGGUUUCUCGUUCUUGAGUAACGCAAACGGCUUCGCGGUUGACAACAUAAAAACUUACGAAGCUGUACUCGCUAAUGGAGCUAUCGUGGAGGUUUCUCAGACCAAUUCUCCCGACCUUUUCAGGUCUCUCAAAGGUGGUGGUAACAACUUUGCCGUUGUUACGCGUUAUGAUUUACUGCUCUACCCCGGUGGACCAGUGGUCGGUGGCCAGAUAACCACCCCUGAGAAUCAGACAGAAAAAUGGCUGGAUCUUACGUACGACUACAGUGUCAGACAGGCAGUACUUGAUGUCAACACUCAUGCCCUGCCUGCGAUUCUAUAUAUGGCCGGCACAGAUGAGGUGAUAACAAACACCCCUGUAUAUUACAACAGCCACAAUAGCAGUGUCUUGCCACCCAUUAUGGCAGGAUGGUACAAUAUGACUGCAUUAAAUGAUACCGUCCGUCAAGCUUCGUAUGCCGCUCUAGCACUCGAGUUCAAUGAAAAUCAGGGUGAUGGUCAAUUCCAAGAACAAAGAACAUAUACCAUCACCGCGAAUCGGGAAGAAUACGCCCGUGUUUGGUAUUCAUUCCUCAAAUGGGGACGAUCGAUUGGCAAUGUAACGGGGUUGACUCUCCUACACUGCAAUAUGCCUCUGACGCCACGCAUGAUGAAUGCAGGCGUUGAAAAGGGCUCUAAUUCAUUGGGACUUGCUGGAACGGAUGAUGUUCUUUCAAUUCUAUACUUCGGCUUGAGUUUGGACACUUAUAAUGAAACGAUUGUCAACUCCUUCAACUCGUUAUUUGAUACUCUUCAAAGUGGGUCUAAAUCUAGAGGAUUAUUGAAUCCGUACAUAAUGUGGAAUUACGCCGGCCUCGGUCAGGAUAUCUUCCUUAGCUAUGGACAAUCUUCUUUGAACUUUAUGAAAGAAGUAAGCAAGCAAUACGAUCCAACAGGUGUUUUCCAGAGACUUGUUCCUGGUGGGUUUAAAUUAUUCUAG